AAAAAUGAGGUACCGCAGUUUGAAACUUAAGAUGUGUUUCUUAAGAAUUAUAUACUCGGAUUGUCUUCCUCACUAUCGUCUCUCAGGAUCCAAGGACUGUUAGCACAGACACCACCUCUGGAAUUUCCGAUUCAUCUUUUCCAACCUGGAGACUGGGUCCUCAUCCAGACCUGGAAGGAGGCAAAGCUGCAACCCGACUGGGAAGGACCGUUCCAAGUACUUCUGACAACAGAAACAGCUGUCAGGACAGCUGAGAAAGGUUGGACUCACUACACUCAAGUAAAACCCUCCACUAACCCUGAAGCAUGGGAAACUGUUGCUAUGGAGGAUCCUUUAAAGAUAAAAAUUAGAAAGAAAUUGUAAAUAUACUAAUCUGUAUUUUUUUUCUUCUUUUUAUAACCAGUAUAGGUAGGGAGGUGUUUAGAAUGUAUAUUUGUACUCCUAUUCUUCACUACAGUAAUGGUAUAGAUGUUUAGGAGUUAAUAAUGAUGCAGAAGAGGUAGUUUUGAUUCUGACAGUGAUCACCUUUAAAGAAUGUCUUAGUCAACUGAUUGCUUGGGAAAAGGAUGACCUACAAAGGGGAGCGGGAGGAUACCCUGUUAAGAUGUGGGUGAAUGCAACAAGGAGAGAAACGCCUCAGACUGUCACAUUUGAUGCUUGCAGUGUGAUAGCCUGUGGGGACUUAAAUGCCCAAAGACAAUUGAGUCAUGAAGAGAAAUACCUGUGUCCUGAAUUAGGCAUGAAUAAGAGAUCCCCUUGUGGGGGAUGGAAUAAUGUAUGGUGGACAACUGCCUAUCAGGGCUGGACAUAUAUCCCAGGGAUAUUCAAUACGAUGCAAUCACGCACCCUAAAAGAACGGAUUAGUAUGUUUAGGGGAAUUGUUCAACCAGACUGCCAGGCUUUGCAGUGUAAUCCAGUGACAAUAACAAUUAGCAAGGCCGAUAGCCUUGUUAACAUCACUUUUGGGAUUGGAAUAAACGUUCAGGGAAGAGACCCAGUAGCUAGAUUCAGAGUAGCUGUAUGGGAUUCUUUGCCUGAUCAUACUCGAAAGAUUCAGGAUAAGAAAAAGAGAGAAAAUUCCUUCUGAAAGUCCUGCAGCUGUAGUAAUUAUGGAAAUAAAAGAUCUCAGACAAACAUUUGAAAUGGAGACAGGAUACAGGGAUGUGAAUGCCUGGGUAGAAUGGAUAAAGUAUACUGUCCUGAGUCUUAACCAUAGCAACUGCUACGCUUGUGCAUCAGGACGGCCUGUAGCUCAGGUAGUACCCCUUCCUCUGGGAUGGACCAGGAAUUCCCAAGGGAUGCAAUGUAUGAUCGCCCUGUACCAGGAGAAAACCGCCUGGGGAAAUGAAGCCUGUAAAUCACUCUCCCUAUUGUUACCCCCGAUAUCAGAGAUGGAUGCCAAAAUCCCUCCUGCAUUCUCUAUGGCCAUAGGUAACCAUACAGCUUGUCUCUCAAGGCAGGGUAUGAGGGCUACCAGACCUAUAGGGUAUUUCUCACUAUGCAGUGAAACCUUGGAUGUUACGAAGGAUUUAGCGGAGAACUAUUCAAGGCUGGGAAUCCCUAGAGCAGAUCUCUGGUAGUAUUGUGGUGGGAAGAUCUUACAGUCCAUUCUCUCAUCUAAUUGGGGAGGUACCUGUGCACUUGUUCAACUGGCUAUACCGUUCACUCUGGCAUUUGAGAAGGAUCUAUCACACAUUUAAAAGAGGAACAAAAGGAGCCUGGGAGCCCCAUUUGAUCAUGAUACAAUAUAUAUGGAUUCAAUUGGGGUGCCCAGAGGUGUCCCUGAUGAAUUUAAGGCUAGAAAUCAAAUUGCUGCAGGAUUUGAAUCUCUAUUCUGGUGGGUGACAAUUAACAAAAAUGUAGAUUGGAUAAACUACAUCUAUUACAAUCAGCAGAGAUUUAUAAACUAUACAAAGGAGGAAACAAAGGGAACUGCAGAACAAUUGGAUGCUACAAGCAGGAUGGCCUGGGAGAAUAGAAUUGCCCUAGAUAUGAUACUAGCUGAAAAGGGAGGUGUGUGCGUAAUGUUAGGUACUAAUUGCUGUACUUUUAUCCCAAAUAACACAGCCCUGGAAGGCACAAUAACUAGAGCAUUACGGGGGCUUACUACUCUUGCCAGUGAAUUAGCUGAAAACUCAGGAAUAGAUAAUUCCCUCACUGGAUGGUUGGAGUCCUGGUUUGGCAAAUGGAAAGGGAUGAUUGUGUCCAUAUUUACAUCUUUGAUAGUGGUAGCAGGAGUCCUGGCAGCUAUUGGUUGCUGUAUUAUCCCCUGCGUGAGGGGAUUGGUGCAGCGAUUAAUCGAAACUGCGCUGCUGAAGCAAACAGUAGUGGAGCCACCACCGUACUCGGAUAAAAUGAUGAUAUUAGACGAAAUGGAGGAUGAAGAAAGUGAAGAGGUCUUUAGAAUCGUACCUUAA